AUGAUAGAGGAAGACUUAGUUGAAAAAGAGAGGAAAGAAGAUGAAGAAAAGGAGAAAAACACUAAAAGUGUGAAGAGAAAUAAAAAGAGAGAUGAACAAAAGAGCGCAAAUCCUUCCCAACACUUACCACACCCUCAUGCCAAAUCAAGGAAGGAUAAUGCAAGGCAAUACGCUAGGUUUAUGGAUAUUUUCAAACAACUCCAAGUGAAUAUCCCAUUUUCCGAAGCGUUAGAACAAAUGCCAAAAUAUGCAAAGUUCACGAAGGAUAUUCUCACCAAGAAAAAGAGAUAUUCGGAAGAGGAGACUAUUCUACUUGAUGCUCGUUGUAGUGCCAUAAUCCAAAAGACAUUACCAAAGAAAGAAGCCGAUCCGGGACGAGUUACCUUACCGGUUACAAUCGGAGGUCAUUACAUAGGUAACGGUUUGGUCGAUUUGGGCUCAAGUAUUAAUUUAAUUCCGUUAUCUAUCAUCAAGAGAUUGGGAAACAUAGAGAUGAAGCCGACCCAAAUGACUUUGCAACUAGCCGAUAAGUCUCUCACCUCUCCUUAUGGAGUUGCACAAGACAUGCUAGUCAAAGUGGACAAAUUUUUGUUCCCGGUAGACUUUGUGGUAGUUGAUAUGGAAGAAGACCGUGACGUACCAUUGAUACUUGGAAGACCUUUUAUGAAAACAGCCUGGAUGAUGAUCGACAUAGACGAUGGUCUUAUGAAGGUGAGAGUGCAAGAUGAAGAAGUCACUUUCAAUCUCUUUGAAGCAAUGAAGCAUCCCAAGGAUAAACAUCACACAUUUCGAGUCGAUGCCACCGAAGAGGAGAUCGAGGAGGUUGCUAAUCAAGUUCACAUCUCUAGUCCUUUGGAAAGAUCUCUUAUAGGAGCUUACAAUGCCUUAUCCGAGAUUGAAGAGAAAGAAAUGGAAGCAUUCUUGAAUGAGUUGGAAUCUUGUGGGGAGAUAGAUCAUAAUGAAGAAAAGGUAGAAGAGUUGCAUGCGGAAAAGAAAGUGGAAGAAUCAAAAAUUGAGUUAAAGAUGUUGCCACCUCAUUUGAAGUAUGUUUUCCUUGGUGAUAACUUCACUAAGCCGGUGAUCAUUAGUAAUUCUUUGUCUACUCAAGAGGAGACUCGCUUAAUCGAGGUGUUAAAGAAGCAUGAAGGUGCAAUAGGGUGGGUUUUAUCUGAUUUAAAAGGUAUUAGCCCCGCUUAUUGCAUGCACAAAAUCAUGAUGGAGGACGAUUACAAACCGGUUGCUCAACCUCAAAGACGGCUCAACCCAUCAAUGAAGGAAGUCGUGAGGAAGGAAGUAGUUAAGCUAUUAGAGGCCGUGAUGAUUUAUCCUAUUUUCGAUAGCGAAUGGGUGAUUCCGGUGCAAGUUGUUCCUAGGAAAGGCGGCAUGACGGUUAUCCGAAAUGAAAAGAAUGUAUUGAUUCCGACAAUAACGGUAACCGGGUAG